AUGCCUAUUGUUCCCAUUUCCAUAACUAAUUCUCAACAAGGUGGUAUCAAUUCUUCUGUUGGACCAGAUCAUAUUAACCAAUUUCAAACAUUAGCUCCUACUAGUUCGCCUCCUGUUCAAACAUCAGCUCAUGGGAGGUUAAGGUUAGAACAUGUUAGGAUUGCAAGGAAAAAAUUUGGUUUACCUGAUGAUUUUGAGUUUUCUGUGGUUUUGAAGUAUCCCAAGUAUUUUAGAUUGUUUGAUGCUAAAGAGACUAGGAAUAAGUAUAUUGAGGCUAUUGCAAAGGGUCGAGAUUCAACACCAAGUGAGUUACAUUUGCAAGUCCAUACACAUGGUCAUGAUGAAAAAUCUUUUGUUGGUGAACGAGCUCGAAUUGUAUAUGGAAAUCGAAAAAUUGGACGUGUGUUGAAACUAGAUUCAAUUAAAGAUGGACAAAUUUGGAAGAAUUUUGACAUUUUGAUAUUCAAUACUUGGCUUUGGUAUGCAAGAAGACCACCUGGACAACAGUGGGAUUUUGUUGAAUAUAAUGGCCAAAUAUUGAAAGAUAUGGAUCGGGUCGAAGCUUUCCGGGCUGGGAUAAAAACAUGGGCCAAAUGGGUUGAAACAGAUGUGGAUACAACAAAAACCAAAGUUUUCUUUCAAGGAACAUCUCCAGCCCAUUACCAUGGAUCAGAAUGGGGUGAGCCAACAGUGAACAGUUGCUUGAAUGAAACAACUCCAGUCAAUGGAUCAACAUACCCAAGUGGAUUACCAAUUGCUCUGGACAUAGUGAAACAAGUAUUAAAGGACAUGUCAAAGCCAAUAGUAAAUUUACUUGACAUAACAAAGCUAUCACAACUAAGAAAAGAUGGACAUUCUAGCAUAUACAGUGGCAGACAUGGCCUGGAUUGUACACAUUGGUGCAUUGGUGGUGUUCCUGAUACUUGGAAUCAAAUUCUUUAUUCUCUACUUUAA